GUGAAUUCCAGAGCAAAGCCAAAAAAGCAACACGAUCACCACUCACUCACUAGUCGUCGACCCCUUCCCCGCGCUUCUCUCAUCAACCCCAUCCAUUUUCACACAGAGAGAGAGAGAGAGAGAUGAAGACCUCAAGCAGCGGAAGCGGCAGAGGAAUGGGUUUGCUUCUGGUUUUCUUCCCCGACCACGCCUCCAGAAACGCCUCCAUUGCCGUCGAUAACCCUUCUCUCCUUCCUUCCUCUUCUUCGCCGGCCGUGAUCCAGCGGUCCCGAUCUUCCGGUCUUCUUAUGUCCAAAGCCCAAUCCACCAUCUCCAUCUGCGCCCUCCUCCUCUUCCUCACUCUCUUCCUCUUCACUCUCUCAACUUUCGAGCCCUCCGCUUCUUAUCCCGCCAUCACUUCCCGGACCCAUCGCCGGUUUCUUCUGAAACGCGAUGUCGGUGACGAAAUUAGAGAUGCCCAUGUGCCCCGAUUCGCUCUCCAGGGAAUGGGUGCUCUGUAUUUGAGAGGAACCAAGGCCAUGCGUGAUUUGGUUGUUGCCCAUGUCGGUUCCGAAUCAACGGAGGACGAUGUCCGGUUGUUUUUGCGGCUAUUGCAUCGGUCUGGAGUCACUUCGCGAUGCGACGUCGUGUUCGUCUUCAGCUCUGCUCCGUCGGCUUCGAGUUUCGGUCGUGUGAUCCAGGAAGAGAAUGACUCGUUCUUAAGGCUUGUGGAUGUUCAUCGAAACACGAAUUCGACGAAUCGGGUUGACUGGGCAUGGGGAUUCGAUGUCACUCGGUUCGUGAAGAACCAUGGGAAGAAGGAGACAUCGGAGCCCAUAUGGGGAAAGAAAGGUGCCGGUCACCGAAUUGGAAACGAGUCGUCUUUGAACGAGACCGACACUCGCGUGCUGAGUCACGGCUCGGUCGUGGGUUUCGAUGUGGGUGAGUUGGACCCGGAAAACUCGCUAUCCGGGUUUGUGGAUCGCGUGCCGAUGAGCUUGAGGAGGUGGGCUUGUUAUCCGAUGCUUCUCGGUCGUAUCAGGCACAAUUUCAAGCACGUGAUGCUUGUCGACGCGAAGAGCUCCUUGUUUCUCGGUGACCCGUUAACCCGGGUCAGAAACCGGAGCCCCGAAUCGGUCUUCAUCUUUGCCAAGCAGAGCAAGAAAAACACGGACAGAACUCAGCCAAACUCGGUCGUUAACCCAGCGAUUCUGAUGGGUGGAGCAAGAGGAAUCAGGAGGCUGUCGAGCGCGAUGCUGACGGAAAUCGUGAGGACGACGCUGCAGCACAAGAAGAAGAACUCAGUCUCCGAGACGGCUGUGCUGAGUCAACUCGUCGGGAACGUGCACAUAGCGAAGAAUUUUCAAGUGGUCACGUCGAACGAGUCGGUGCCGGAAGCGAGUUCAGUCGCCGAGUUGAGGAGGAGAAGCUCGGCGGCACCACCGGUGAAGCGUCAUGACGUAAUCCAACGAGGUAAUGGCAAUCAUGCUGAUGUCAAUGCGGUAAUUAUGAAACAUAUUUGUUCAUGUGAAUUAGAUUCCUCUGUUUAUAUGUACUGUUAGAA